AUGGCAAGUCGAUCGACUCUUUGCACUACAUGCGAUGGCACUCAACUUGUGAACCGUUGCGAACAGUUUGGCGGCUUCGGUGGAGACGGCAAUCCCUUCGGCGUGCAGUUCAACUUUGGCGACUUUCCGCAGCGGUUCGACGAGCACUACCGUGUGUACCCCGUUUCGUUUUGCGACAAGGCGCACCUCGAAGAUGGCGACAAAAUUCUGCUGCCUCCCUCUGCACUUGAGACGCUGGCGCGUCUGCACAUUGAGUACCCGAUGUUGUUCAAGGUGACAAAUGAAGGAGUCGAGCGGUUUUCGCAUUGUGGCGUACUGGAGUUUAGUGCCCCAGAAGGGAGCUGCUACAUGCCAUAUUGGAUGAUGCAAAACCUUUUUGUAAAAGAGGGAGGAAUUCUGAAUGUGCAGAACGUCUCGCUGCCAAAGGCAACGUUUGUGAAGCUUCGACCGCAGUCUCAAGAUUUCCUUGAUAUCUCCAACCCGCGUGCAGUGUUGGAGGGCUCACUUCGAAAGUUUUCGUGCAUGACGGUGGGCGACACGAUUUGCCUGAAGUAUAACAACAAGAACUACAUGUUGGACGUGCGUGAAGUGAAGCCAGCACCUGCUGCGUGCAUCAUCGAGACAGACUGCGAGGUGGAUUUCGAGCCUCCUGCCGAUUAUGUUCCUCCCGUUCCUGCAGCUACAAAAGCAGCGGCUGCAGCAGUACCGUCGGAUGUUCCGUAUGGAGGCGUGCCAACCAUGAGCGCAGAAGACAUGAAGUGUGCACGUUUUGGUGGGACUGAGUCUGGUGGCUUGCGCCUGAAGAAAAGCGGUGAAAAGAGCGCAACUGACGCGGCGGCACUUCGCGCUGCUCGCCUACGCAAGUACGAAGCGUUUCACGGCACGGGUCACUCGCUGAGUGGAAAGACGUCAAUACACGCUCGUGCCACUUCUGGGGGUCAAAGCUUGGGAAGCAGUGGUGUCACGCUUGACGGAAGCAGCAGCAAUAUUGCAGCUGCCGGAACGGUGGUAAGACCUGCUGUCGGCCAUCGAUUGAACGGUGAAGCCGUUUUUGUAGCUGACGAGGAGGAAAAGGAUGAGGAGGCGAAAGAAAGCGACACACUGAAGCCUUUCCACGGUGAAGGCCGACGGCUGAGAUAA